AGCGAUACUGCCGACCGCCGCCAGAGCGCCUGUGUUGGGGCAGUGGUGGUGGGCUAUAGACUAGUGUACACUGCAGCAGUAGAAAGAAGGUUUCGUGUAACGUUGUCUUCAUAUAGGUAUUUACUGUCGUGUGUGAAGUGGGUUUGCAGGUGUCUGAAGACACAGUUUUACCUCGGCAACUCCAACUGUUUACGAGGCCGAGCCUCGCCAAUGUCAAACGCCGUUUGCAUCGAACAGAAAACUCGGCUAAUUCAAUCAAUAUGUGGAAUGUGUUGAACUCUGUGUGCAACGCCGUUGAUUGAGAGACUCAUUGCUGGUUUCAACCCAGUGUGUGUGUGUGUGUAUAUGUGAGAGUGUUUAUUCGAUCGAGGAAAAGAGAAAAACGGGUCACUACAACCAGAAAUUUGUGUUCGUUUUCCAACGUCAUUAAGGAUACACUAGGAGGUUGGAGAGAAAAAUAGAGAAAAAUGCCUCCUCCGCCACCUCCGCCGGGUCCUCCUCCACCACCCGGACCUCCUCCGCCGCCGUCAUUCGGCGCCAAAGGACCCAGCACGUCUAAAAUGGGCAAAUCGGGAGGCGCCGAUGAUCGUAACCAGCUGCUCAGUUCUAUUCGCCAGGGAGCGGCGCUCAAGAAAACGGUGACCAACGAUCGCAGUGCGCCCGUCAUCGAAGGGGGAGGCAGCAGCAGCAGUAACAACAACAAACCCAGCGGGCCGAAACCGUUUGCCGUGCCGGCCGUCAGCAAUGGGACAUCAGCGCCUCAACUGGGCGGACUUUUUGCUGGUGGAAUGCCGGUUUUGAAAGCGACAGGUAGAGGGCGACUGGGCCCAGUCAAUCAGAAUUCGUCCGGCGGUGGCGGCGGCGGCCAUCCAGGUGGUUUAAGCAGAACGCCUUCAACGGAAAUGGCUCCUUCCAACACGCCGUGGAAGCCCAAAACGCUUAAUGGAUCCACAUCCGGCUCAUCCAUCUCGUCCGCCUCGUCAGUCAACCGAGGACCUCCGCCACAGCCUCCGCCAGCCAGCAGGAAACCGUCGCUCGUAACGAGUGACUCGACGGAUAAUGUGUCGUACGCUCGGAAUCCGCCGAGCGUGCCCACCAAACCGCCGACUUUGAAUUUCGGCAAACCCAAUUUGGCACCGAAACCGCCUCCGAUGGAAUCGAAACCCACUAGUCCCGUUCCGCCUCCGGCUGGAAGCGCUCGAGCUGGGAGCGGGACAUCUGCUUCGACUAAACGACCUUCGCCACCUCCCAAAUCGCCCAGCAUCGCCAGUAUGAGCAUGAAUUGGCCCGUCAAUCCGACGAGUCCACCUCCGCCGCCGCCGCCCAGUGCCAAACCGACGGUGGCCCGGGCUCAGAGUCUUCGAUCCGUCAAACCAGGAGCUCCGGGAUCUUCGGAAGUCGAAGAGUCCAUCAUGGAGAGCCAAGAGAGGCGGAAUCAGAGUUCGCAGGACAUUUCAUCACCUCCGGUGGCUCCUCCGCCGCCGCCCAACCGAUACGCCACCUUACCACGCAACGCCAUUCCGCCGGCAGGAAUCUCCGGAGCUCCUCGUGGCCCAUUACCGCCGGUGCCGCGAGCUCCAAUGGCCAACGGUGUUCAUUCCAGUCCGGCCAAAAUCCGGCCACCUUCAGUGCGUCCCCCGCCGCCUCCGCAGCGGAUCAAUCCUCCUGCCUCAAUCCCUCCGCCGCCGCCUCUUAGUGCUCCUCCGCCACCUCCGCCGCAUCGAAUGAGCCCAGCACCUCCGCCACCUCCGUCGUCUUCCAUCAUGUCGAACAGGUCGCCCGGCAUCUACAACAACAGCGGCCCGCCGACGCCGCCCACCCGUGGAUCUUCCAUGCAGCGGAGUAGCGGCUCGGUGACGUCGCUGUCGUCGAUGGUCGUCCCUCCGCCACCUCCGCCACCACCCAGCGUGGCCUACGCCUUCCAGCAAUCGUCGUCAGCCGAACCGGAAGACUUUGAGUCGCGAUUCGCCAGCCGCUUCCGCCCGCUGCACCACAUGCCGUCGCCGGAGCCCUUCACCAACUGCCAGAAGCUUUACCCAACGCUAGCCAACCAGAGUAUGAAACGCCAGCAAGCGCCGCAGCCGCCAACGAUGCAGCAGCCCAGCAAUUCCGGAUCGCGUUGGCCCAGCAGCAACGCAGCUCCUUGCUGAAAUUAUUUUUUACGAAUAAUUACGUAACUCGUCGAGCUUUUUUUCCUGCAGAGAUGGAGAGAAAAGAACAGACAACUUUGGGGUCGUUUGGCGUGUUGCUUCAAUGACUGUGAUCGUCCUUGUGCCCAUUGAAGAGAUGUCAUCAAACAACACCUGUCUUCUGUCAUUUUUUUUUGUUACGUCCGUGUUCGUAAUUGCAGGGGAGGUGGAGGUUCCGAUCACUGGAGAUUCGCAAGAUGAAGGAGGAAAAAAAUAAGUGCCACAUACAGCCAUAUUAAUAAUCGAUUAUUGGUCUAAUGAAACUUGAAACGAUCGUUAUUAAAAAAUGUUAUUUCUCUCUCCCCCCGUGUGCAUGAAACUGCUCUUUCUUUUGUCUUUUGUUUUAAAAUGAUGUUACGUCUAGCAAAUUCAAGAAAGAGUAGAAACGAAUAUAAAGGGGGGAGUCUAUAUGUUGUAAAUAAUUUCUUUUUUUGUCGGGUGCCCCGUUUAGUCAAAACGCGAUUUAUUAUUACUACUAUUUUUUUUAAAUCCACCCCUCAAUUUUCUUUAACCGUUUCAUGGCGGGAAACCUGAAGUGCGCUUAAAAUCAUUUAUUUCCCGUGUGUAACUACUAUUUACCAUUCUGUAUUUCCGAGUAUAUAUAUUUUUCUUUCUUUUUUAAAAAUUGGCGUGCUUGUAUUUGUGCGUGUAUGAUGGAAUUUUCGGUAAAAAAGAAAAGAAAUUAGAAUAAGAAUGCCCACUGUGUGUAAAAGAGCUUUGGUUGUCACGCCCGUUUCCUUUUUUGAACGUGGCGCUCUAUUGAGCUGAAAGAAAAAGCAAACAAAAGGGAGGAAGGAAAUCUAUAUCCUCGAAAAGGGUGUGUGUGUGAGAGAAAUGUGUGUUCAACCAAUCCCCUUUUUUUCCCGAUAUACGAUUAUUAUAAAUAUGCCUCUUAAAUCAUUUUGUCAACCUUUUAUGGUCUUGUUUUUCCUUUUCUUACUAUUUACCCUUUUGUAUUCAACUAUAUAGGCCUAUACAUGCGAGUGUGUUUCAUCGAUCGAUUUUUCUGCAUUCUCCAUCGUUUGUUAACUAUACAUAAUAAAAAUGCCCAGAAUAACAACGAACGUUCAAAUA